GACGUCAUGGCUCUCGAUGCUAUCUUGAAGGAAGUCUGGGCUUUGUAUGCCAUCUCUACGUUCAUCAUCCUAUCUCGUUAUGCAGUACGCCUACGAACCGUCGGGCUCAAGGGUCUCUACUGGGACGAUCUGUUUUGUUUCGGUGUAAUGAUCUUCAACACAGUCGAUGCUGUCGUUGUGCACAUUAUCCACUUCACUGGCGAAAGCUCGGAGGUCACGGAGAAAUGGCUCGAGACUGCUACUCAAGCAGACAUUGAUCGCGUCACCUACGGAUCCAAGUUGGAGUACACGGCAUGGUGCAGUUAUCCAGCACUUAUCUGGUGCAUGAAGUUCACCAUGCUGUUCUUCUACAAGCGCCUAACUCUCGGCUCCUUCCAUAACAAGCUCAUCAAGUACCUCUUCUGGUUCACCGGUAUCAGUUACUUUAUUGUCUGGUUUGUGCUCAUCUUUGGCUGCUUCNCCAUGAACUGGCAGGUCACACCUGCACCUCCAUGGAAGUGUGCUUUCAGACCGCAAAACUUCCUCGCUGUCGCCAUCCCCAACAUCCUGACUGACGCAGCUAUUCUUAUGGUUCCUAUCCCAAUGCUCUGGCAAUUGAAGAUGCCCUUGAAGAAGAAGAUCACCAUCGGAGUCGUCCUUUCAUCAGGAUUGUUCGUCAUCGCUGCUGCUAUCAUUCGUGUCGUUCUUUCUCUUGAUGCAGCACCGUCUGCCGCCAACAUCAAUGGAUGGGGUGUUCGCGAGACCUUUAUCGGUAUCUUCACCAUCAACGUACCUAUCCUUCGUCCUAUCUUCAGCAGAGCAUUCUGGCUGCCAGGCCCAUACGAUCCAAACGCUACCGGCAGAGGAUCGGGAUAUGGCAGAUCUGGCCACAAUCUUCAUUCAGCCCACGCCCACGGCAAGAACUACAAGGGCACUAAGCUCAACAGCGAAAUCGACAAGUCCGGCACUGUCAACGAAUAUGAGCUCGACGGCAGAACCCCAGUUUCGGACACUUUCGAUGUUGAGAGCCAAGCCUCGACAGAAAAGAUGGUACACACAAACAGCAAUCGUAGCCAGGAAUACCCAUACGAUGUGGACGAUGGUGUCCGUGUUGAGACUUCGUACGCCAUUCGUUCGACUCGUCGCGACGAGGAGACAGGAUCGAUCGCGCGCGGUAACUGGAACAGUAUCGGUGUGCCGAGAUGA